AUGGGGACACAGCAGCUGGACUGGGAGCAGCAGGGCUUGCAGCAGCUAGACUGGGAACAGCAGGGCUUGCAGCAGCUGGACUGUGAACAGCAGGGCUUGCAACAGCUGGACUGGCAGCAGCUGUUCUGGCAGCAGCUGGACUGGGAACAGCUGGACUGGGAGCAGCAGGGUUUGCAGCAGCUGGACUGGCAGCAGGAUGACCCACAGCCCCCCUUGGAACCCCCACAGGACCCACAGCCCCCUUUGCCAGAGCUGGAGCAGGAACAGGCUGGCACACAGCAGCACACGGGCUUGCAGCAGCAGACAGGGACACAGCAGCUGGAGCCGCAGCCCCCACAGCUAGAGCCACAGCCCCCCUUAGAGCCUCCACAAGACCCACAGCCCCCCUUGGAGCCCCCAGAGGACCCACAGCCCCCCUUGGACCCCCACAGGACCCACAGCCCCCCUUGGAGCCCCCACAGGACCCACAGCCCCCCUUGGAGCCCCCACAGGACCCACAGCCCCCUUUGCCAGAGCUGGAGCAGGAACAGGCUGGCACACAGCAGCACACGGGCUUGCAGCAGCAGACAGGGACACAGCAGCUGGAGCUGCAGCCCCCACAGCCGGAGCCACAGCCCCCACAGCUGGAUCCGCAGCCCCCACAGCCGGAGCCGCAGCCCCCAGAACAGCCAGAGCAGCCCAUGGUUCUGGUGGGUUGAGGAGGAGCAGGUGGGAGGAGCAGGUGGAGGAGCAGGUGGAAGGGAGGUUCAGGUGUGGAGCCUCCUGAGCCCGAGCCCUUUAUACCCCACUGGGAAGACCCCGUGA